GACGCAUCUCUAACCGGCGCUUUUCAAACGGCUUUGCCAGGAUAGGAGCCUCAGUGUCACUAGAGACCGUCGAUGUUGCGAGUGUCCUGCGCGUCUUCAUGAAGCACGUGCCAACAUUACGACCCCAUUUUUAAAUAAACGGCUCCGGGCUUCCGGAGAACCGUUUCCGGGACUCUUCCGGCCGAUUGAAGCUGCAUGUUCCUCACCAUUUUCACACACCGUGAUGAUCAAGUGAUCGAGUGCUUAGCGGUGCCGGUGGUUUACUUUCCCAAAGAUGAAUUCGAAAGUCAACCACAGCCGAGUGGUGGAACAACCAAGUUGGUCGAGUCCCUCUGCCAGUCCGUCGCCGCCGCCGCCGCCCGUGCCGCCGCCGGUGGCGGCGAGGUGGGCCAGGACUGAGCAGAACAGCGCCGAUUCCUGCCCGCACUGCCGCGGCCGGCUCGCCUCCUUGCCCACCAGAACUACCUCGCUCAGCAGCUACUCAGGAUGCAAAGACCGCAGCACGCCUCUCCCUCGGCCGCCGGAAGACGAAGAUUCGUUUCCUGUUAUUUGCGACCGAGAAUUGCAUUCAUUGCAUCGAAACGUGCCCGCACUUCGACGGAGGGACGUCGAUACGGCCACUAUUAAGCAGCACUACUACCCUGAAGGAGGAUGGGGUUGGUUGGUGUGCGGAGCUGCCUUCUUAGCCCACCUUCUCACCUCCGGCUUCCAAUUGGCGUUCGGACUGCUGUAUUUGUAUACCAUGAAGUUCCUCAUUAGGAAAAAUCAAGACAAAGAUUUCUACGUGAUGGCAACUGCUUGGUUGGGAGCUUUGUGCCUGUGUAUCUCUUUUCUGACCGCUCCAUUAAUUGUGGCCGUUUGCCGAAGAAAGUCCACGAGAUUGGCGGCCGCGUUCGGGGGCCUUGUGACGGCUCUGGCGUGCCUUUUUACGUCUUUUGCCGUACAGUUCCACCAGGCACUGCUCAGCUACGGGCUGGUGCUGGGCCUGGGCGCCGGAGUCGUCCGGGAGACUUCCGGGCUGAUGCUGGGCCACUAUUUCAAGCGGAGGAGAGAGUUCGUGGAAAUGGUGGCGCAAGCCGGAGCCGGGGUCGGGAUCGCCUUGUUUUCGGUGCUUUAUAAAGAAGCAGUGGGGAAACUGGGAUGGAGAUUAGGCUUGCAAGCCAUCACCGGUUUACUCUCCCUCGCAUUUUUUCUCCCUGUUGUCUACCGAUCGGCCAAUUUGUACCACCCGCAGCGACGUGCCAUUACACAUUUAAAAAAUCAACGCAAAAAAAUGAAAGAAAAGAAGACGCACGCCAAAGCUAAGAAACCGCCAAUGUUCGAUUUCACGCCGCUGAAAAGUCGCGGAUUGCGGGUAUUGAUGGUGGCUUGCGCUUUCGCUGCGUUAGGAAUUUACGCCCCCGUUUUCUACCUUGUGUACCAGGGGUAUAAGGAGGGAUUAGAAGACAGUGCUUUAGUUCUCUUACAAACUUUCAUGGGGUUUGCGUCAGCUUUAGGCUGCGUCGGAUUUGGGCUGGUGACUGUGAGGCCCAGCUCGCAGUGCUUAAUUUCCAGGCAAUAUUUGUGUCAAGCGGCCAUGGUAGGGAUCGGAGUGUCUCUUCUGGCGCUAAGUGCCGUUCAGGGAUACCACGGGUACGUUUUGUUUGUCUGGCUGUAUGGCACUUGUCUCGGGGGCUACACCUACUCUCUGAAAAUGUUUGCUUUGGAGCGAGUGCGCGGCCGCCACUUCACCAAAGCUUGGAGCUUUAUCCAAGGUGCUAAGUCCCUUCCUGUGCUUUUAGGAAUCCCCAUAACCGGUUAUAUUAAUCAAACUUAUCCCAAAGCAGGGUAUUAUUUCAGUUUCGUGACGACGAUCGUCGGCGCCAGUUUAAUGUUUCUGGUCGGCACCCGCAAAGACCACAUCAAUAGCAACACCAAUAAUUGCAACCUGAACGGCUGCAAUAUCGCCAACUUGAACGAGUGCGCUUGCAACCUGGCCCUUAAUUACAACAACAUCUGCACGCCCGACCUGCAACCGUACAAUUUCUGUCGACAAAGCGCCAACCACUACGAGCGGCUUUUCAAUUACGGGCACAUGGAUCGAAGCGAUUUCCACCGGCAUUCGCUGCGCCACCAUUACCUGCCGAAAAGUCUCAGCUACGCCGCCAACAUCGACAGAUCGCCCUACCACCAAUAUCCGGUGCAUUAUCACGAUUACGUGCGACUGACCAACCCCAAAAGCAGGAACAUGCUGCGGCCCAGCAAAAGUGUUCCUGAAGGACUCGCGCGAUGGGAUUAUUGCGGCUCGUACAGGAGGCCGAUAAUUAGGAACGUUCAAGUUAUCGAACAAAUCACCACUUCGGUGUAACGUAACGGUUCCGGUGCUAAUUCUAGUCAUUUUAGUCACUCGUUCGUGGAUUUGUGAGGAGUAGAUUAUCCAAUUUAGAUUACUUUGUACCUAAAAAGCGAAACUUCGGUGGCUGGAAACGAGUGUUCUUUAAUGUAUUUCAAAUUCUUGCCUUGCGUUUGUGCUAAAAGCGACUCGAUUUAAGACGACCAGACAUAUCUAUAAUCCACUGGCCCCGAGUUUUAAAAUUUAAAGGACACGUUAUUUUAUUAUUUAGUUACCCUCAUUUUAAAAAUUCGGGUCACUUUUAAUACAAGCAAAAGUCAAUCGUCUUGACUAAUAUUUAAACUGUUGACCAGAUUUUAUAGCAAUACACUAUGGUUGUGACCACUUUAUGACGAAUCUAGACGUACUAUAGUAGAAUUUAUCGUGGGAACAAAAUACACUUACUCUAGAACAAACAUUAGCGAAACAUUAAAGUUGAAUAGAAUAAUUAAUUGUCGCUUUAUAUUUUAUAAAAGCCGAUUCUUUAUUGAUUGAAUUUGUAAUCUGUUGAAAUUUUGUUAUAAUUUAUUUGUUAUUAAAUUGAUUGUUGCAUUAUUUAUUUAGAUGCGAAUAAAGAGAUUCUUUGAA